AUGAGCGAAAAGGCAAGGCAAAUUGAAGCUCCCCCAAAAGAAGUUACUGAUGACUUGAACGAACAGUCAACAUAUUUAUAUCCUGUCCUUGCCUCGAUCACCGUCUAUGGUGGCUGCUUCAUUUAUUUCCCUUUCACCGAAGAACAAAUUAAAAGGAAAAUUACUUCCUUUUCGCUAUUACAUUCUUUCUUUCAUUCUUUCUUUCUUUUCUUUCGCUUUGUCUUUUUUAUUCUCCCACUCCUUCCUUCUUUGUUUUCUUUCUUUCUUUUUACGUUGGCUUUGCUCUGCGUAUUCUUCCAUUCCUUCCUUCCUUUUUUCUUUCUUUCUUUUUACGUUGGCUUUGCUCUGUGUAUUCUUCCAAUCCUUCCUUCCUUCCUUUUUUCUUUCUUUCUUUUUACGUUGGCUUUGUUCUGUGUAUUCUUCCAUUCCUUCCUUCCUUUUUUCUUUCUUUCUUUUUACGUUGACUUUGUUCUGUGUAUUCUUCCAUUCCUUCCUUCCUUCCUUUUUUUUUUUUCUUUUCUUUUUUUUACGUUGGCUUUGCUCUGUGUAUUUUUCCAUUCCUUCCUUCCUUUUUUCUUUCUUUCUUUUUACGUUGGCUUUGCUCUGCGUAUUCUUCCAUUCCUUCCUUCCUUCCUUUUUUCUUUCUUUCUUUUUACGUUGACUUUGUUCUGUGUAUUCUUCCAUUCCUUCCUUCCUUCCUUUUUUUUCUUUCUUUCUUUUUACGUUGGCUUUGCUCUGUGUAUUCUUCCAUUCCUUCCUUCCUUUUUUCUUUCUUUCUUUUUACGUUGGCUUUGCUCUGCGUAUUCUUCCAUUCCUUCCUUCCUUCCUUUUUUCUUUCUUUCUUUUUACGUUGGCUUUGCUCUGUGUAUUCUUCCAAUCCUUCCUUCCUUCCUUUUUUCUUUCUUUCUUUUUACGUUGGCUUUGUUCUGUGUAUUCUUCCAUUCCUUCCUUCCUUUUUUCUUUCUUUCUUUUUACGUUGGCUUUGCUCUGCGUAUUCUUCCAAUCCUUCCUUCCUUCCUUUUUUUCUUUCUUUCUUUUUGCGUUCGCUUUGUUCUGUGUAUUCUUCCAUACCUUCUUAAUUUCUUUCUUUUAUAUAUCUCAUUCAUUUUCUUGUUUUUCUUCUUUUUUCUAACUGUUUUUUAUCAUAUUUUUUAUUUAGUUAAUUAUUUUUUCAUUCGUUUUUUUCUCUCCAAUUCUUUUUUUUUUUUUGUUUCCCUUUUCAUUCUACUAUUCUUUCGUUUUUUUCUCUCUUUAUUUUCUGUAUAUCCAUUUCAUUUUUUUCUUUCUUCUGUUUUUCUUUUCCUAAUUAUGAUUUGGUUAAUUCUUUCAUUAAUUUUUUCCUUAUUUAGUUAUUUGGUCUUGUCUUGUUUUUAUUCAUUUUUUUUUUUCAUUUCUUCUUUAGGUCCUUUUAUUUUCUCUUUUUUUUUUUAUCUAUUUCUGAUUCAUUUAUCUAUCUUUAUUCUGUCUUUCUUUCUUUCUUUCUUUCUUUCAAUUUGUUUUAUUUCUAUGCUUUUAUUCCCGUCUUUCAUUUUUACCUUUCUUUUUGAUUUAUUUUUCAUUCAUUUUUCUUUUUCCUCAAAGUUUCUUUUUCAAUGCCGUCAUUUUUUUUUCAUUUCUUUAUUUCUUUCGUUGAAUCUUUCUCAUUCUUUGUUCCAUUUAUUCCUCCUUCUUUUUCUUUAUACUUAA